AUGUUUGUUCUUCCUAAUGAUGUACCUCCGAAGUGUAUCUUUGUUGGAUGGUUUAUCUCAUUUGAGGCUCAUGUAAACCUUAUCGAUGAGGAGGACGGCCUAACUCCACUCAUCGUACCUUUGGGCAAGGUUUCACCUCGGUUGUUGAGAAACUUCUUGCAGCAGAUGCCCAGGUCAAUGCUUGUGAUAAAUUCGACAGUACCGUUGAUAUGGGCUGCUAGAAAAGGUCAUGGUUCUAGGUAUGGAAACUGGAUUCUGCUGAGCGCUGUGCGCAGCGGAAACGCUAAUAUCGUUCGUCUUCUUCUUGAAAAGUUUGCAGAUGUGAAUGCGAGGGUUUCAGAGAAUAGGACGGCUCUUCACCUGGUCAUUGACGAGUCAUUCAUGGACAUUUGUGAUCUCCUGGUGAAGUCAGGAACAAAAAUAUCAGCCGCAGAUAACAAACAAUGCUCUUCACCUGCGUUGAGAGCUAGGAACAGAAGAUUGACCCCAAUUUUGCUAGCCAUUCCAUCAGACUCUCGUUUACUCUAUCGACCUAAUCGCCUGGGACAAACCCUUACUCUAUCGACAAUGCGAACCCGCAGCCGAUUCUCCCUUUUAUAUUUGGUCCAAUAG